ACAAGACCAUUGGACUUUGCACCCCCGUAAAUGACUUCGGGUUAAUUUUCAAUCCGAUAAUAGUUCAAUUUCGCCAUGUCCAAUAUGACUCCAUCGUUUCCCUCCACGCCGCUCUUAAGUCUGUAUUCCAAUAACAACAACAGCAACAACAACACGGCGCUAUAGCCGGUCUAUAUACCUAUAAAAAAUGAUAGCUAAUUCUUGGGAAGAGGCUGGAUGGAGAGUCGCACAGCGAAGUUGGAAGACGCUCAAGGUGAAUUGGCAUCUUGGAUUCACCUCGUUUGGUGGACCCCCCGUUCAUUUUAGGAUCUUUCACGAUAAGUUCGUGUCCAAACUCACUUGGGUCGAUGAACAGGUGUAUCAGGAACUUUUUAGCAUUUGCCAAGCCCUCUCUGGCCCUGCUAGUACGAAGAUGCUCUACUGUGUAAACCUCAUUCAGGAUGGGGUUUUUGGAGCAAUUCUCGCCUUUUUUAUCUGGAGUCUGCCCGGGGCGUUAGGCAUGUUCGGUCUUUCUAUCGGCGUCUCUAGCAUUGGAGAAGCUCUUCCUCGAGCAGUAUACGCUUUGCUCUCUGGGCUCAACGCUGCUACAGUCGGCAUCAUUGCCCUGGCGGCUGUCGAUCUGUCUAAUAAAGCAAUCACGGAUAAGCUUACUAGAAUCCUCGUCUUCUUAACCGCUGCCGCAGGAAUGCUGUACAACGCACUAUGGUAUUUCCCAGUCCUUAUGCUUGCUACUGCAUGCACUGCUGUCAUAUAUGACUAUCGCUGGCUACAAGAACUUUGGCUCGUUACAAGGGGUGCAUUCUUGAGAAUAAGGAGCCCCACGCAUCUAGAAGGGGAUACAACUCAUAAUGAAGGCGACUUGAGAGAAACUAAUAGCCCCAGCAUGUCUCUCAACAAUCAGGAUGGGAAUAGAACAGAAGACUAUUCCGAGCCGCGCAUUAUUCCGCCAGGAUAUUUUCUUGAUUUUUCAUGGAAGUCUGGGACCACCAUCAUAUUGACCUUCUUCAUCUCGUUUAUCGUCGUUAUGGUACUCCGAGGGGCUUUGCCUGAUCUACCUGUGCUAUACAGACUCUUUGCUAACCUCUACCUCGCUGGUACGAUCAUUUUCGGCGGUGGGCCGGUUGUGAUCCCGCUUCUAAGAGAAUACGUGGUAGCGCAGGGUUGGGUUAGUCCUCGUGACUUUCUCAUUGGUCUUGCCAUCGCGCAGGCCUUUCCGGGUCCAAAUUUCAACUUUGCCGUAUUCCUAGGUGGCUUAACGGCUAUUAACCACGGAUAUCCUUCCAUCACCGGAGCAAUCAUCGCAUUCUGCGGUAUUUUCUUCCCUGGGAUCGUCCUGGUUCACGGUACAAUGGGGAUCUGGAGGGUAUUGCGGAGUAGGCGCUGGGUAAAAUCUGGAGUGAGAGGUAUCAACGCUGGCGCCGUUGGGCUGAUCUAUACGGCUGUAUAUAGAAUCUGGCAGGUGGGUUAUAUUGAUGAAGGUUUCCAGUCUGGGAAGAGUCUUGGUGAUGAUCCUUGGUGGGUAAUUGUAACUGCGACCGCCUAUGUUGGGGGCCGUUAUUUCGGUGUGGCACCGCCAAUUGCUAUAGUCCUGGGGGCCGUACUCGGCUUGGUUAGAUAUGGAGUGGUAAGCGGUCGGGGUCAAGAUAUUUCUUGAUAUGCUAUGUUAAUAUGAGGAAUGUAUGCCUAAACUCGGAGAGGGAAUGGGUCGGCCCUCCUGAGCUUAUACUUCAGAAGCAUUUCGAGGCCACACCGAUUCUGUCUAGUAAGGACCAGUCUUAACUUUCAUUUCUGGUACUUAUCAAGAACUAAUAUAUUGGAGUAAAUAUCGGGGUAAUUAUUGCCAUAACCUGUGGGGAAAGACUGAUUCGCGCCCCUUUGAAUCAAUCAUAUAUGUACAACUCGAACAAGGCCUCGUCUAGUCAAGUUGCUUCGACAAUGCUAGUGAAUCCCAAUAAAGAUAAGAAUAAAAAUAUUUAGACUA